AUGAGGCAAGACCAGCACCCAGGUCAGGGGUUGGGGAGGAGCCUGGAUGGCCAGUUCUGGCCCAACCUCCUCGCCAACGGCCACCCGCCCUCUGGCCCCGCCCUCCAGCCCUCAGCCGCGCCCUCUCGCCCUCUGGCCCCGCCCUCCAGCCCUCAGCCGCGCCCUGGCAGCCUUUGUCCAGCUCUUUCCCGGGCCGCAGUGCGCAGGUGCGGCGCGCCAGCUUCGCGUUUGAAACAUGGCGCGGGCCAGCGGUUGGGUCUAUGUGAAGAGACUGCCCGGCAGCACAGCGGCCUGGGUCCCCACCGCGACCUGGCUGAGCUUCAGUCUUCAUCUAUUCCUGGAACCUAUGAAGAGAAGAUUACUCACCUGGGGAAUUCUCUGAUGCAUUUGACAGGUCUGAAAUCCUUAGAUCUCUCACGUAACUCCUUGGUUAGUCUUGAGGGCAUUCAGUAUCUGGUCUCCUUGGAGAGUCUCAAUCUCUCCUACAACUGUAUAUCCUCAUUAGCAGAAGUAUUGCGGCUCCUCCUAGUGGAGCUCCAGGAUGUGGACUUCCGGUUUAACCCUGUUGUAAAGAAUGAUGACUACUGCCUGUUUGUCGUGCACACGCUCCCCGAGCUCUGACAGCUGGACAAUCGUCCCAUGAGAGAGAGUGAGCAGAAGGCUUCUUAGCUUCAUUUUGUUUCAGAGAACUCCCUGGACUCAAAGGAGAGCUUCUCAGCAACUUUGACAGUUGUAAGACCACACCACUCCAGAGCCAGGUGUGCUGAUGUUUCCACCAAGAAAUGCUUGGUCAUGGAUGCUGAUGAUGAGGCAGUCCUGAAUCUCAUCACUGGGUGUGAGUGGGACUUAAGCAAUCCUCCUGGGAGUACAAGCUCCAGCCAGAAGGAGCAUGAGGCUGACUUCCAUUAUGCCCGAGAGUCCGGACAACUGUUGAGUCCUUUGUCCAUCCAGCACCAGUGUGGGGACUCCGUGAGGAGAGACCAUGAGAAGAAGAAAGGCAACUCCAGAGGGUGCUGCUCAGGCAGCCCACAGGACGAGCUCUGUGGGGAGCUCCCCCUGCAGUAUGGAGUGCCGGAGGCCUGCCAUGUACACAUGCAGCACACCCGCUCUCCUUCUCAUCCAGACUCUGUGGAUGUUGAAGACUGUGUUUCAUCGUCUCAGAAGUUAAGUUUAUCAUCACAAAAAAUAUUAACUCCUUUGCCUGUUCCUGAAAAGUAUAGGAAACGAAGGAUGCCUGGGGGAUUCCAGGUGCCUUCAGACAGAGAGUACCUGAGGUGCCUGGAGAGGGCCGAUGGGCCUAUCAGCCUGGAGGACAGUCUGAGCAGACAGGAUGGCUUGGAGGGUCACAGUCAGGUGACCUCGUCUCACUCUGAGGCUUUAGAGACUGAAAAGAGGACAUCUCAUGGCACAAGUGACACCAGGGUGCUGUCUCCUAAACAGUGCUUGGCAGCCGUGCCUGGGCAGAGGCCUGCCCUAGAAGUGGCACUCCUGGAGGCGCUCCUCGACCUGAUAAACAGGUACUCGAGUGGCAGUGGGUCUCUGCAUGGCAAUGAGGCAUUCCUGGCUCAAGCCAGGCACAUCUUGUCAUCUGUUCAAGAGUUCACAGUAGCUCAGGACAAUUCAUUACGUGAACAGGAAGGCAUUAGCCACCUGACCCUUGAAAAUAGGUCUCUGCAAAGCCGCCUUUCUGAGCAGCAACAGCAGUACACCACGACGGUGAGCAAGAUGACAGCAGAGCUGAACAGCACACGGAGGGAGCUGCUGAGCUGUGACACCUUGAGACAACAUUUAGACAAAUCUUUGGAGGAGAAUAGUCACUUAAAAUCUCUGGUUAGCAGGAAAAAAGAAGUAAAAAAUGCAGACACUUCAGCUGCAUUAACUUUGCAGAUCGCUGAGCAGCGUGUCUACAUAUGGCUUUAUUUGUAUCCCUUGUUCAGAUUUAGGGAACUGGACUUCAGGAGUACGAAGCAGCUCUCUGGGGAGGCUGUGGAGCUGAAGCAGCACUUGGAGCACUAUGACAAGAACCAGGAGCUCACCCAGAUGCUGCAAGAGAGUCACAGCUCCCUGACCAAUGAACACCUCCAGCAGGAGCUGAGCUGCACACGGGCACAACACAGGGCCGAGGUGCAGCAGAUGCACUGGAGCUUCCAGGAGGUCAAGAAGACUGCUGCCCUGUUCCCACUCCACAGCACCCGACUCGGUGGCCGCCAGUCCUGCUAGUGCCCACUGCUGAGCCAUGUUCUCCAUCACUCGCAGCCCCAGGGUUGCACCUGCACGUCUGUUUAUCUGAAUAUGCUGGUGAGACUUGUGAUUACAUUAAGAUUCUCAAAAUGUGUUCAUGGCCUGAAAUUUGGCUUGCUAAAUGUGUCCUAAGUUGACAGGUGAACCCUGGACUUUGCCAUGUAAGAACUAAUAUAUUGUUAUGAAAACUUAACUUUUUAAAAUGACUCUUUAUAAAUUAUAACUGACUUUUGCAUUAAAUUCUUCUGUGAAACAUGCUACACACCCCCACAGUAGGUGAACAGGAAGA